UGAUGAUGAUGAUGAAAUAACUAGGAAAUGGCCUGUAUGCUUUGAUUUGGGAUCUUAACCUUCUGUUUUCAGUCUGCAGCUGGGCAAGUCAAAGCUGCAGUGAUGGCUGCCAUCGAUGCCGGGUACCGCCACUUUGACUGUGCCUAUGUGUACCUGAAUGAGAGUGAGAUUGGGGAAGGGAUCCAGCAGAAAAUCAAGGAAGGUGUUGUGAAACGAGAAGACCUCUUCGUCGUCAGUAAGCUGUGGUCCACAUUUCACGAGAAGCCUCUGGUGAAGGGAGCCUGCCAGAAGACUCUUACUGACCUGAAACUGGAUUACCUGGAUCUCUACCUCAUGCACUGGCCUACUGGGUUGAAGGCAGGAGAGGAGCUGUUCCCCAAAGAUGACAAAGGCAUGUCUAUACCCAGCAAUGCAGAUUUUCUAGAUACAUGGGAGGCCAUGGAAGAGCUGGUGGACUGUGGUCUGGUAAAAGCCAUUGGAGUCUCCAACUUCAACCACGAGCAGAUUGAAAGAAUCCUGAACAAGCCAGGACUGAAGCACAAGCCUGCAAAUGUCCAGAUUGAAUGUAAUCCAUACCUUACCCAGGAGAAGCUGGUACACUACUGUCAAUCCAAAGGGAUUGCUGUGACAGCAUACAGUCCCCUUGGCUCUCCUGACAGACCAUGGGCUAAGCCAGAGGAUCCUUCCCUCCUGGAUGACCCCAAGAUCAAAGAAAUUGCAGCCAAGCACAAGAAAUCCACAGCACAGGUUCUCCUUCGCUUCCAGAUCCAGAGAAAUGUGAUUGUGAUUCCCAAGUCUGUCACACCACAGCGCAUUGUGGAGAACUUCCAGGUAUUUGACUUCAAAUUGACUAAAGAGGAGAUGGCAACUAUUUUCAGCUUUAACAGAAACUGGAGAGUCUAUACAAUGAGCAUGGCCAAAACUCACAAGGACUACCCAUUCAAUGCAGAAUACUGAAGAUGGUUAUAUCCUGCCCUCCUUCAGAGCUUGGUUUGAUAUUCUUCCUAUCAGUUUAUCUAGUUUUUUUAUUGCAUCUCUCCUCCUGCAGCAAUGAAGUCACAGCAUAUGUAUUCAGUGAUUAUAUUUUGUUUGUUCUCUUUGAAAGAAAGA